UGUCAACCCGGCCGUACGCUGGCGCUGACGCUGAGAUAAGUCCAGGGUUCGCUGGCAGAAUUGAGCCGACUGGCACCGCAAAUCCACAUGAACGAUGGCUUCGAGGACCGCUGGUGGAAACGCGGCCUUCCGGAACUUCCAUAAUGACUAUCUGUAUAUUGCCGACCCAAACGAGCGCCGUCGCCUGGCGCUCAAUGAGAUUGACCAGGCGCCUUUCGGAUGGAGCCACGUCCGGAGUAUCGUUGUUACGGGAAUGGGCUUCUUCACAGACUGCUACGACAUCUUCGCGAUUGGCCUCGUAACGAAUAUGCUCGCGGUUGUAUAUUUCCGGAAAAUGGCAAUGCCCGCUGCAGCCGACACUGCUAUCAAAGUCGCGACUGGCGCGGGCAAUGUCGUUGGCCAAAUCACCUUUGGUCUGUUGGCAGAUAUAAUUGGUCGCAAGCGCAUGUAUGGUAUUGAGUUGCUCAUCAUCAUCUGGUCAACACUUGCCAAUGCAUUAUCUUCGCAUUCGGAGGGCCUCUCGAUUGUCGGCGUCAUCAUCUUUUGGAGAGUAGCAAUGGGAGUAGGUAUAGGAGGCGACUACCCCCUAUCGGCCGUGAUCUGCACAGAGUUCGCAUCCACAAAGUGGCGAGGAGCAAUCGUCGGAAGCGUCUUCGCCAUGCAAGGUCUGGGCCAAUUUGGUGCCGCCAUUGUAAGCUUGAUCACUGUCUCAGCGUACCGGAAACAUCUCUCAUCGGCAGCCACUGCGGCGCAAUGCGAUGUGGGAUGCACAAUUGCGCUCGACAAGAUCUGGCGCAUCAUUAUUGGUUUCGCUGCAAUACCGGGUUGCUUGGCACUUUACUACCGCUUGACCAUCCCAGAAACGCCGCGUUAUACGUUUGACAUCAAGCAGGACAUUGUUCAAGCCGGCUCCGAUAUUCGCGCCUUCUUGACCGGGUUCCCGAGAGGUCUGCCAGACGGUAUUGAGCGGGCGAAGGGUAUGCGCGAUAGCAUGCGAGGCCUGGUCGCGCCAAAAGGGUCUUGGCGAGACUUUUGGCGCUACAACUUGCAAUGGAAGCAUGGGAAGGUGCUUCUGGGCACGGCUGGCUCGUGGUUCUUCCUGGACGUCGCCUUCUACGGCGUUACCCUGAACAAUGCAACAUUCUUGUCCGAGAUCGGCUAUGCCCAUGGUAAGAAUCUAUAUCAAGUUUUCAGCAGGGCAGCCGUCGGGAGCCUGAUCAUCGUUUGCGCUGGUGCCAUUCCCGGGUACUGGGUCACGGUUGCCACAGUCGAUACGAUCGGGCGGAAACCAAUUCAGCUGAUGGGCUUCGUGAUGGUGUUCGCAAUGCUGUGCGUGAUGGGAUUCGGCUAUCAUGCGAUCGGGAACGACGGCCUACUUGCGUGCUACAUUAUCGCACAGUUCUUCUUCAACUUUGGACCAAACGCAACGACGUUCAUUGUACCUGGCGAAUGCUUUCCCACGCGCUAUCGCAGUACCUCGCAUGGUAUAUCAGCAGCUGCUGGCAAAGUCGGCUCGAUAGUGGCACAAUGCGUGAUUGGGCCUCUCCGCACCCGUGGAGCGACAAGGAUGAACCCAUCGCCGUGGCUGAACCACGUAAUCCAGAUCUUCGCGCUUCCAAUGCUACUCGGCAUCUUCACUACCUUGUUAAUACCCGAAACGAAACGAAGAACGCUUGAAGACCUUGCAAACGAGCGGCCAAUUUGGCCUGAUCAUGAAGGUAGCAGAGGCGGCUAUUACGAUGCCUCCGCAUCAUCUCCCACCGACUCAAGAAGAAGUACCAGUAAGAAGCAAGAACGGGAUGCGAAUCACCAAGGUGGCAUCAUCUCCAAGCACCUAUGGGUCAAGGGACGCAAGAGCGCCGGAAGCGACAUAGGCUUGGUUGAUGUGGCGAAGAGGGAAGGCGUGAGCGUACACAAUAAUCCUCCGAUGUCCGCGAACGCCGUCCUGGAAGAUGAGUGGAGGCCUCCGCGACCUCCGCCGGCAUUUGCGACGAGUAACAAGAGUUGGUUCGACGACUGAUACGACUUUAAUGCGCAUAUUGUAAAACUAUUGUGAGCGAAAGAUACCCGGACAGCGUGUAAAGAGCAAGAGCGGCGUAUGAAAUGACACGUCAAAGCGGUACGGUAGCGGUCGCAGAGAGAAUGCUGCUGCCC